UCACUCACUCACCCACGUCAGGGUUUGUUGUUCGACCAGCAGAUAAGAUUACUUACCUACCUACUAUUGGAGAUUUAACGAGCAGAUAAUAUUUGAACUAACCCUUUAUCUAUUUGUGACAACACACGAACUAUUUCUCUUUACCGAUAGCAGGCCGUGAUAUAUCUGGAGUAAUGUUCAAAAUCGGCGUGAAGGCCAUGCCACCCACCUGCCUUUUCCGAUAGCGAUUACAGAUCCACUUUACUAAAGCCUGUGACUGUAGACUGCUUUCUGCCCUAUUGCCCAGUGAAGCUUACACCUAUUGUAUUGCGCCUCUCCUGUCAACAUGGCCGGCAGGGCAAAGUGCGUGCCAGUGUCCUCGGUGAUAACUUGAGUAGAACUUUGUAUACAUUGUAUAACACUUCUACCUCUCCCUGCUCACAUAGAUCCAAAACGUGGCUGUUCAGCAGGAAACCGUGACAGUCACCUUGUGACGAUGAUUGUAUCACACUCUAUGACGAGAAGAGUGUGUGAGUUGCACCAGAUGUUCGUCACAUGGUGCUUCUGUAAGUGCUUCUCCUAGGGGCUGGCCUACCUGCUGCACACCUUUGAGAAGGACAUGGCAAUGUCCGUCAGCAUGGCGGCUGUCACAGCGUUAAUGUCAGUACUUCUGUUUGGAGGACUCUGUGAUGUGGGAGGAGCCAGACGUCACGGGACAGAUACAGAGAGUCGGGGACGCCCAGCUGUACACAUACACAAGCAUAACGGCGGCAUCGGACGCAGGAACUCCACUUACAUCAAAGAAGAAGGGAAAUAUUUCCUGACGCAGAUAUUUGAGAAGUAUGGCCGUGGGGAGAAAGAGAUUCUCUUGGCUGACUUUGAAUUGUUGUUAGAGCGAAUUGGCUUCGAACCUGAUAGGACUGAUGAUGCCCGCGAGAUGGAAGACCGUGACAUUGGUCCUAGUGCGAGCGCCGAACACGGAGAACACAAGGAUCACGAGGAGGAUGUGAACACACACGCAGCACGUGACGUGAACAACAGUCAAAGUGAACCUGCGAACACUGACUAUAAUAAUAAGGCAAACACUGACUAUAAUAAUAAGGUGAACACUACCCGCGACCAUGAGGAAAACAGUGGCCAUGGGGCGAAGCACAACAGAGGUCAUGGCGACCAUGGAGAGAAAGGACGCCAUGAGCCAGAGAGUGACCGUGACCGUGACCAUGACCGUGACCGUGACCACACAAGACGCACUGGUCACAGUUCUAAUAAAGGCCGGAGUCCACGUGUUCGCAGGGAUGUGAACUUUCAAACUGGACAUAGGACACCAUCCAGUGACCCAUCAAGGCUUGGCAGUGGUGACGCCCAGUCUGUUGUCAUCCACACCCACGACCUGCACACUGAAUGCCUGUCUGUACAAGAACUCAUCCAAAUCUACCAUGCUGACGAAAGAGGUAAGAUUGGCAAAAAGGAUUUUCUAUUCAUGGCCCCUGCCAUUGUGUACCAGCUUGACAAUCCCCACUGCCGCCGUCGACACGAUGAGCCCCCCCACCACCACGUUGAGCCGGUGCCAACAGCCUCUGCAGCUGCUCGGGUUUGGGGAUACAGCACAGCUGCCAUCGUCGUCAUCAGUCUCGUCGGCUUGUUGGGUGUGGCUGUCAUUCCAAUUAUGCAGAAAUUCUUCUUCAACCAACUGUUGCAGUUCCUCGUGGCCAUGGCGGUCGGUGCCCUCACCGGGGACGCCAUGCUCCAUCUGCUACCCCACGCCAUUACCGGCGGGGAGACGGCAGCAGGUGCUGACGAGGAUCACGACCACGACCAUCUGGACAGUGUGUGGAAGGGACUUUGUGGGCUGCUAGGAAUCUACUUCUUCUUCAUCGUUCAGCGACUGAUGGUCAUCCUGACCGGGGCGAGGAACAGGAGGAUGGCAAGGAAGAAGGCGAAGGCAAAACGUGCAUUCAGUGAUGAACCAGAUCUGUCUGCAGUUGCUGUGAAAAUGUCCUCGUACAACGAGUCUGAUUCGGAAGAGGACGGUGACAUGGUGACAACUGUAAACAGUGAGGCCCAAACGGAACAAGCAGUGCCACUGAAACAGGAAACAACUCAGAAGGUCAGAGGUCAGUCAGCCACUGGUCACUCCCGCUCUGGACACGGGCACUCCCACCAUGACGGCCCUCUGUCCGCUUCUGUCUCCGCUGUGGCGUGGAUGGUCAUCCUGGGGGACGGCGUCCACAACUUCAGCGACGGCCUUGCUAUCGGGGCUGCAUUUGCUAACAGCAUCUCUGGGGGAAUCAGCACCGCCAUCGCUGUCUUCUGUCACGAACUUCCUCACGAGAUCGGGGACUUCGCCGUGCUUCUGAAAGCUGGCAUGUCGAUCAAGCAAGCGGUUGUCUACAACUGUCUGUCCUCCGUGCUGUGUUUUGUUGGGAUGCUGAUUGGUGUCGCGCUGGGAAACAUUGAGGAAGCUUCCAUGUGGAUUUUUGCAUGUGUUGGUGGAAUGUUUAUCUACAUCUCUUUGGUAACCAUGGUACCGGAACUGACGUCAGUGGAUACCGAGAAUCCUCUCCGCGACCUGUUCCUGCAAUGUAUGGGCGUGUGUGUUGGUUCAGGAAUCAUGUUGACCAUAGCUGUCUACGAAAAGGACCUACUGAACAUUCUGGACUGAACAAAGUUCUUCAUAAAGAGGAUGAAAAACACAGUCAAAAGCUGGAUUUGGAUGAAAAAUUUAGACGACGUUGCUUAAAGGAUGGCUCAUCCGACCCCACUUACAGACUAUGAACAGGAGAUGUUCUGAAAGCUCCAAGGCAAAGCCUCAGGCCUUGGUGAUGAAUAGUAUCUAGUUUCUGUAGAUUACUUUAACAGGCACCACCAUAGACGACGGAACCGUCAUCAAGUUUGCAAGAGUAAAUUCUGAUCCUCCCCCCCACACACACUUUGAAUUAGAAACUUUCAACAAAUCAAGUGCCUUCAGCUAUUUAGCUUUAAGGUAUUUUAUACGUGAUAAAAAGACUAAUUGGCUUUCGAAAAUUAGUCCCAAGAACUUGGCCUCCUUUACUACUUUGAUAGGGUUGCCAUUCAUGAAGGUUCAGGGUCAUUAUAUGGCUUAAAAGGUCUGCAGAAAUGUAUACAGUUAGUUUUUGAUUUGCAAAACGUAAACCCGUUUAUCCGUUUUCAAGGGACCUUUUAAGAAUUUUAAUGAGACACAUUGUAUGCAUAUUUUUACCACAAGAAAUAUUAAAAUCAUCCACGAAAAGUGAUCCAUCUACUGAAAGGCUAUCAUUUUUAAUACUAAAUAAAGUGACAGACAAAAUACUGCCUUGCGGGACACCCCGAUCCUGAUUAUAAUGAUAGGACAGGAUGGAACCCACUGGGACUUGAAAUUAUUUGUCUGAUAAAAACUAUGAUAUAAAGUAAGGUAAACGCCAAAAUAAUGUACAUUUUUAGAAUAACGUAUUUCCAGGUAAUACUGUAUGCUUUCUCAAGAUCGGACAAAACUGUUUGUUUACAAUAGCAUUUUGACAAAGCAUUCUAGUCGUACUAAAUGGAAACCACGUUGAAUAUUUGUAAUUAGAUUAUUGGUUUCCAAACACCACACUAAUCAAUUAUUUACCAUUCUUUUCAUGGUUUUACAAACGCAACUCCUUAAAGAAAUAGGUCGAUAAUUAGAGGGAUCUGUAUGAUCCCGGCCAGGCUGGUGUCUAUAUUUGAUCAAAUUUAUCCAAAAGUAUCCCAUGAUUCGGGUAAAUGUUUCAAAAGCUGGUAGUGUAUGAUAUCAGCUCCCGUUGCUGUGUCAUGAGCUUGCCCAAGGGCAGUAUGUAGCCCAUGUAAUGAAAAUACUUCACCAUUAUCAGAAGUAAAAUUUACUUUUCUUCAUUUCUGUUGUUUCUGAUAUUUUUGUUACCUCCGGGACAUAAUAAGACGUUGAAGAUAGUUUUGCUUACGUUUCUCCUAGAUUAUUGGCAAUAUCAGUUUUAUCAGUUGAUAACGUGUCACCUUCCUUAAGAUGAUAUGGGUGUGCGGAAAUUUAUUUUGGAGACAUAGUUCCUCCAAGAUUGUUUAAAAGGACGUCGUGCCUUGGCUUUGUAAUUCUAACCUUAUCAAAAUAAUGAACUGUAGGAUGUUGGCAGAAAUAUUUUCCCGCCUUUUCCCUACAUUUUCGUGCCUGUUUGCCCUGAUUGUUAAACCAUGGUUUGUGAAUAUGUGGAUCUGCAGAGGAAUUGUUUCAUCAGUAAUUUCAUUCAGGAUGUCCGAAAACAACUGUAUCAGAUCUUGAACAUGUCUGAAAAUGUCAGGUUUUAAUCUACCAGUACAUAAUAACAUAUAUAAUGCUCAAUCAGCAUUUGUAAAAAUCCACCUUGUUGGUUGAUGGUCAGUGGAGUUAACAGUUUUAAGAAUAGUAGGCAAGUGGUCACUUCCACAGAGGUCAGCGUGGACCAUUCAAAUCCGUUUUAAAGGUUUGAAUCUGUGAUUGACAGAUCAAGUGCUAAAAACGUUCCAGUGACAGGAUGUAAAUAAGUGUUUGAGUCGUCUUAAAAAGUGCAGAGAUUAUUGUCAGAAAUAAAGUCUUCAAGGCUUUUCCCUUACUGUUUGUAUUUGGACUUCCCCCCGUUGGACUUCGCCCAUGAUGAUACAGGGCUUUGGUAGCUGAUCCUAGAGAGUCUGAAGAUCAGACUGCCGAAGAGUAUUCGAAGGAGGAACAUACAAGGAGCACAAUGUAAGUGCAAUGUGCAGUGUAAGGCGGAGAGCAACUGCUUGGAGAUUUUUAUUGAGGGGAACAGUGCCAUGGAUGAUGCCUUGUUGAUGUGAUUAGAGUGAGGCGCUAUAUCAGUCUGUGAUUGUUGAUGUGACUAGAGUGAGGCGCUAUGUCAGUCUGUGAUUGUUGAUGUGACUAGAGCGAUUGGCUAUGUCAGUCUGUGACCAUUAGACUCGCCACAGAUGACCAUUAGACUCGCCACAGAUGACCAUUAAACUCGCCACAGGUGACCAUUAGACUCGCCACAGGUCACCAUUAGACUCGCCACAGGUGACCAUUAGACUCGCCACAGGUGACCAUUAGACUCGCCACAGAUGACCAUUAGACUCGCCACAGAUGACCAUUAAACUCGCCACAGGUGACCAUUAGACUCGCCACAGAUGACCAUUAGACUCGCCACAGGUGACCAUUAGACUCGCCACAGGUCACCAUUAGACUCGCCACAGGUGACCAUUAGACUCGCCACAGGUGACCAUUAGACUCGCCACAGAUGACCAUUAGACUCGCCACAGGUCACCAUUAGACUCGCCACAGAUGACCAUUAGACUCGCCACAGGUGAUCAUUAGACUCGCCACAGGUCACCAUUAGACUCGCCACAGGUGACCAUUAGACUCGCCACAGGUGAUCAUUAGACUCGCCACAGGUGACCAUUAGACUCGCCACAGGUGACCAUUAGACUCGCCACAGGUGACCAUUAGACUCGCCACAGAUGACCAUUAGACUCGCCACAGGUGACCAUUAGACUCGCCACAGAUGACCAUUAGACUCGCCACAGGUGACCAUUAGACUCGCCACAGGUGACCAUUAGACUCGCCACAGGUGACCAUUAGACUCGCCACAGGUGACCAUUAGACUCGCCACAGAUGACCAUUAGACUCGCCACAGGUGACCAUUAGACUCGCCACAGAUGACCAUUAGACUCGCCACAGAUGACCAUUAGACUCGCCACAGGUGACCAUUAGACUCGCCACAGGUGACCAUUAGACUCGCCACACGCACGCACGCACGCACGCACGCACGCACGCAUACCAUUUAGAAAAUCCUUAAUCCGCCUCUGAAUGGGCCUGACUUUGCUGUUGGGUUUAUACAGUGGCGAAAUAACUUGCAAUUCGACAGUCAUGUGUUUUUUGCGUGCCCAAGGGACGCAACUCUGCACAGCGUAUUGCGGGACCUCUGACGACUUGCCGACCGUGCCAAGUGGCGUAGCUACCAUGUAGCACAAAAAACAAACAAGUGCUUACACUUUGAAAUCUCCAGAAAAAAAUAAAAUAAAAUAAAUAACUUUAAAAAAAAGUGUAUUAGUGUGUUCUUUUUUCAGUCGUUGGUUAUAUUUACCUGAUCUUUUGUUAAUUUACAGGUUGACCCGCCUACCAGUGUC